AUGAAAAUCGCAGGUUUGGUGUUGCUGGCAUCGCUAGCUGCCGCAGACGUGCAAGGCUUGUACGAGAAAUGGACUAGCAACGAUCUGGAGCAGUAUCUGCACGACCAGAAACAAACGCUGCAGAAGGCGGGCAGCGAAAACGUGGAAGUGCUCCGCAAACAUGCUGCGGACGCGUGGAACAAACAGACGCAGCCCACGCCGUGGUGGAAGUUUUGGGCGUCGCGCACCAGGCUCGCGGAUUUCGCCAACAACCAGGAUCCCAUCUCCGAGUGGUUUUUCGAUACCUGGACGGCCAAAGAUCUGCGCAAGUUGCUGUCCAAGAGCAAAGUCAAGUACAACUCUGACCUGUCGCGCGACGCGCUGGUGAGCAAGGCCAAGGAAAACUUCCAGAAGAUAUCCGACUCCAACCAGCUGUCGGGCCUGUAUCCCUCGCAGCAGUACUUUGCGAACUGGGACGAGUACGACCUGAAGGCCUGGCUCGACGAGUACCGCAUUCCGUACGAAAAGUCCAAGGCCAAGAAGGACGAGCUUCUCGCCAAGGUGCGGGAGAACAUCUACGCGGCUUCUCGCUUUGCGGACGACGAGAGGCUCAAUCUGUUGGACACCCUGGAUUUUGCCGACCAGGAGCUGGUCGACAAGGCGGGCAAGGUUAAGGAGCAGGUGUUCAACUCCUGGUCGACCCGCGAAAUUGAAGAUUGGUUGCGUAGCCAUAAAGUUAAGCUUGAGGACAGCGCUGCCCAUGAUCGGAAGUAUGUUUUGGGCCUUGCCAACAAAAACAAAAAGCUGUUGCAAGACGACGCUGCAUGGUACCUCGAGGCUUCGAAAAAGAAGGCAUCACCAUUUUUCUCCAAGUCCGAGGCUGCCGUGGCCUCUGUGUGGGAUCAAACCUUGUACAAAUGGCAGAACAUCAAGGACUAUUUCUACCAAAGUGACAAUGUGGUAAACCAUACCUUUCUUCUAGGUGUUGAAACCUGGCCCAAAAAACGCCUGCGUGCGUUUUUGGACGCUCGUGGCGUGUCGUAUCCCAUUUUGAGCACCCGUGCAGACUUAUUGGAGCUUGUGAAACAAUACCGCAACCGCCCACUAACCAACUUGGCGUCCUCCCCAGCUGUUGCGGAGUUCUUCGACGGAUGGUCGUUUGAGAAUUUGAAGGGGUGGAUCAAAGCCCAGAGCGACGAUAUCACCUCCACGGAUGUUUACAAGGCUGCAAGCAGCAAGGUAAGCGAUCUCGCAGCGGAAGCACAAAAGCAAGGAGAAAACGCCUGGCUGUUCGCCCAGAGAAAGGGUGAAGAGGCGGCCGAUUAUGCUCAGGAAAAAGGCUCUGAAGCUGCCCAUGCGGCGGCUGAUUAUGCCGCUAAGAAAGGAGCGGAUGCCAAGACGUACGCUGGAGAUGUGAGCGCUGAUGCUGCGACCUACGCCAAGGAGAAGGGAUCUGAUGCAGCUGCGUAUGCUCAGGACAAGGGCGCUGAUGCCGCUGCUUAUGCUCAGGAAAAGGGCGCCGAUGCCGCUAUAUACGCUCAAGAAAAGGGCUCUGACGCUGCAGCCUACGCCGCGGCUUAUGCCAAAGAAAAAUCCGGGGACGCUGCCGAGUAUAUUAAGGAAAAAGGCUCCGACGCAAUGGACCUUGCUCAGGAAAAGACUGCUGAUGCGGCCAGCGCUGUUCGCGAAAAGGGCUCUGAGUUGUACGAUGCUGCCAACACUAAAGUUGACGAGUGGACAGCUCUAUUCAGCUCUUGGUCCACUGAUGACUUGCGUAACUACGCGAAGUCGUUUGGAAUAAAAACCGCCCCAACGACUACCCGCGAAAGGUUGGUUGAACAAGCCAAAGAAAACACGCAGUGGUUCUUUGGAUAUUACCAAGAUCCACUAUACAAACGCGUACCUAAAAAGAUCAGCAAGGCUGUCGCAAACGGUUACCAACACGUUGUACACCAUUAA